UGAUCCGAGCCAAGGCUGUCUCUGCGAAAGAGGUGGAUUCGGGGAAUGAUAUAUAUGGGAACCCAAUCAAACGCAUGCAGUAUGAAAUCAAGCAGAUCAAGAUGUUCAAGGGCCCUGACCAGGACAUAGAGUUCAUCUACACGGCCCCGUCCACCGCCGUGUGUGGCCGGCUGCUGGACAUCGAAGGGAAGAAGGAGUAUCUCAUCGCAGGCAAGUCAGAGGGCAAUGGCAAGAUGCACAUCACGCUCUGCGACUUGGUCUCCACCUGGGACUCGCUGACCCCGACCCAGAAGAAGAGCCUAAACCAGCGGUACCAGAUGGGCUGCGAGUGCAAG